CUCUUGGCCGCCUGGCUAGGAGUUGGUUGUCCUGCUUCCUGUGACCUUGGGGGCUUGAACAGGGCAGGGUCCAGGAUGCCCAGGCCACUGUCUCCUUCCCCUUGAUCGCUCCGCCCUGUCGCUUCCAACCCGCCCUGUACUGCUAAGCUGCUUCCUGGGCCGGGACUGUGGCUUUUUCCUGCCCCACUGGGGCUGGGGGCGCGGGGUGUCGCAGCCCUUGACCGUCUGAGAACAUGGAGCCCACGAGGGCGCCGCCCGGGGCGCACGGCUGGGGGCCUCAAGUGGCCGCGGGGUCGGGGACGGCCGCGGAGCUCGUGUACCAUCUAGCGGGAGCCCUGGGCACUGAGCUGAAGGAUCUGGCGCGCCGCUUCGGGCCGGAGGCGGCGGCCGGGCUCGUGCCGCUCGUGGUGCGGGCGCUGGAGCUCCUGGAAAAGGCUGCCGUGGGGCCCGCCCCGGACUCGCUGCAGGUGUCGGCGCAGCAGGCCGAACUGGAGCUGCGGCGGCUGCGGGAGGAGAACGAGCACCUCCGCAGACAGCUGCGCUCUGGGCCACAGGAGGAUCGAGCUCUGCUGCGGCAGCUCAAGGAGGUGACCGACCGACAGCGGGAUGAACUCCGGGCGCACAACCGCGACCUGCUGCAGCGCAGCCAGGAGACCGAAGCCUUGCAGGAACAGCUGCAGCGCCUCCUGCUGGUGAACGCAGAGUUGCGGCACAAGCUGGCCUUGGUGCAAACCCAGCUGCGCGCAGCGCGGGACCGCGAGAGCCAGCCAGAGCCGCGGAGCCAAGGGGCCGUGCAGCUGGCUCAGGAGCGGGAGCGGGACCAGGCCGGGGGGCCCGGGUGCGAGCAGAGGCAGGAGCCCGAGCCGGCGACUGCCGGCGCAGGAGCCCCGGGGACCCCUGAGGAUCCGGCCGAUGCCCCGCAGCAGCCAGGGCGCCCCUCCAAGGUAGGGCAGUGCAACUUCAGUCGAGAGGAGCUUGAGCAGAUCCUUCAGGAGCGGAAUGAGCUCAAAGCCAACGUGUUCCUGCUGAAGGAGGAGUUGGCCUACUUCCAGCGGGAGCUGCUCUCAGACCACCGGGUACCCGGGCUUCUCCUAGAAGCCAUGAAGGUGGCUGUCAGGAAGCAGCGGAAGAAGAUCAAGGCCAAGAUGUUAGGGACCCCAGAGGAAGCAGAGAGCAGUGACGAUGAGGAUGGCUCAUGGCUCCUGCUCUCCGGCGAUAAGGGAGACCACCCCCCACCCCCUGAGUCCAGAAUACAGAGUUUCUUUGGCCUGUGGUAUCGGGGUGAAGCAGAGGCCCCUGAAGCCGAGACCAGCAGCACAGCUCCCAGCGAGCUGGGGGGAAAAGAGGAGGCCCCACAGCACCCCCCCUUGGAACCUGUGGGCAGCCCUACAGCCCCCAACUACUGACCAGCCCUGCUUUGCUGUCGAAGAACAUCUUUGUUUGGGGGUCUCAGCUGCCCCAGGAGCCUGCCUUUGGUGCCCAACUGUGGGAGGAUGUGUGACCUCAAAUGAAGACAGGGCUCCCUCCUUCCCAGCCCUCACCAGGCUCUUUCUCAAUCCUGGCCUGAGCCAGGGCAUGACAGGGAGCUCAGCCUACUCCCUUCCCUCUGUCUCUGUGCCAAGCCUCCAGGGCCAGAUAAAAGUGCUGCCUCUCUGAGUCUCAGUUUCCCCCUCCAUGAAACGGAGAGCUGACUACCUACCUCCCAGGGGUUUGUGCGGAUGGCCUAAGCUAAUGUAAUAAAGCAACUGCCCAUGAUAC